AUGGCAGUGGAUCUACAGGAAGUCCACGACUUCCUAAUCGGCAUAGCAGCCAAAGCAGGCAACAUGAUCCUCCAAGCAAAACCCGUACGAGCAGGCACAGGUGAAAAAAAGAACUCGGCCGACCUCGUCACGGAGACGGAUCAGGCGGUCGAGAAGAUGGUGAGCACGACUUUGAAGGACAAGUAUCCUGGUUUCGAAUUCAUGGGUGAAGAAACCUACAAAGAAGGCGACAAGCUGAGCGACAAGCCAACUUUCAUCGUAGACCCCAUAGACGGCACGACCAAUUUCUUCCAUGGCUACCCAUACCUCUGCGUCUCACUGGGUCUGGCCAUCGAGCAGAAAUCCGUGGUAGGUGUGAUCUUCAACCCGUUCACCAAGACCCUGUAUACUGGAAUUAAGGGCAAAGGGUCCUGGAUCACAGACCAUGCACAUGACCAAGUACGACUGCCUCUACGUGAGGCGGAGCCGAUGAAGGAUCUGAGUACCUGUCUCGUAGCUGUUGAGUGGGGCAGCGAGAGGGAAGGUAAUGACUAUAAAGUCAAAGUCGAGACGUUUCGGAAACUAUGUGCGAAGAAGGAAGAUGGUGGGGCGAUGGUGCAUGGUAUCAGGUCGCUAGGGUCGGCAGAGCUGAAUAUUUGCUCUGUGGCUGCUGGGACGUUAGAUGUGUACUGGGAGAGCGGAUGUUGGGCGUGGGAUGUCUGUGCUGCUUGGGUUGUUCUUGAGGAAGCGGGAGGUAGGAUGGUUGGAUGCCAUGAGGGUGAUUGGGAGCCGAGGAUUGAUCAGAGGCGGUAUAUGGCUGUGCGAGGUGGCGAAGGGCAGAAGGCGAUUAUUGAGGAGUUCUGGAGCUGUGUAGAGGGCAAGGUCGAGGUUGGGUAUGAUAUGGUAUCUUGA